UCCGGGCCCCACCCGGCUCAGACGGCUCCGGACGGGACCUCGAGCACAGGCCGCUCCCCGGGCGCCUCGGAUCCCCGCGGGACCCCCCCCCGUCCAGCCCGGUGCAGCCGCCUGCGCGCCCCAUCGGCAACUCCCCCCCCCCCCCGCCCCCGGCCCUGCACGUCUCCCUCGGCAAGCCCAGUGGGCAGUGCUCGGCCACCAUGUUCAGCUGGCUGAAGCGAAGCGGGGCGCGGGGCCAGCAGCCCGAGGCCAUCCGCACGGUGACCUCAUCGCUCAAGGAGCUGUACCGCACCAAACUGCUGCCCCUGGAGGAACACUAUCGAUUCGGGGCCUUCCACUCGCCGGCCCUGGAGGACGCCGAUUUCGACGGCAAGCCCAUGGUGCUGGUGGCCGGCCAGUACAGCACGGGCAAGACCAGCUUCAUCCAGUACCUGCUGGAGCAGGAGGUGCCGGGCUCCCGCGUGGGGCCCGAGCCGACCACCGACUGCUUUGUGGCCGUCAUGCACGGGGACACGGAGGGCACCGUGCCGGGCAACGCCCUCGUGGUUGACCCGGACAAGCCAUUCCGCAAGCUCAACCCUUUUGGGAACACCUUCCUCAAUAGGUUCAUGUGUGCCCAGCUGCCCAAUCAGGUCCUGGAGAGCAUUAGUAUCAUCGACACCCCGGGCAUCCUGUCAGGCACCAAACAGAGAGUGAGCCGUGGCUACGACUUCCCGGCGGUGCUGCGCUGGUUCGCGGAGCGCGUGGACCUCAUCAUCCUGCUCUUCGACGCGCACAAACUGGAGAUCUCGGACGAGUUCUCGGAGGCCAUCGGCGCCCUCCGGGGCCACGAGGACAAGAUCCGCGUGGUGCUCAACAAGGCGGACAUGGUGGAGACCCAGCAGCUGAUGCGCGUCUACGGGGCGCUCAUGUGGGCGCUGGGCAAGGUGGUGGGCACGCCCGAGGUGCUGCGCGUCUACAUCGGCUCCUUCUGGUCCCAGCCCCUCCUGGUGCCCGACAACCGGCGCCUCUUCGAGUUGGAGGAGCAGGAUCUGUUCCGGGACAUCCAGGGCCUGCCGCGCCACGCCGCCCUGCGCAAACUCAACGACCUGGUGAAGAGGGCCCGGCUGGUGCGGGUACACGCGUACAUCAUCAGCUACUUGAAGAAGGAGAUGCCCUCCGUGUUUGGCAAGGAGAACAAGAAGAAGCAGUUAAUCCUCAAGUUGCCCGUCAUCUUUGCGAAGAUUCAGCUGGAGCAUCACAUAUCGCCCGGUGACUUUCCCGACUGCCAGAAAAUGCAGGAGCUGCUGAUGGCUCAUGACUUCACCAAAUUCCACUCGUUGAAGCCGAAGCUGCUGGAGGCGCUUGACGAGAUGCUGACCCACGACAUCGCUAAGCUCAUGCCCCUGCUGCGGCAGGAGGAGCUGGAGAACACCGAGGUGGGCGUGCAGGGCGGCGCUUUCGAGGGCACCCACAUGGGCCCGUUCGUGGAGCGGGGGCCCGAUGAGGCCCUGGAGGACGGCGAGGAGGGCUCGGACGACGAGGCCGAGUGGGUGGUGACCAAGGACAAGUCCAAGUACGACGAGAUCUUCUACAACCUGGUGCCGGCCGAUGGCAAGCUGAGCGGCACCAAGGCCAAGACCUGGAUGGUGGGCACCAAGCUCCCCAACUCGGUGCUGGGGCGCAUCUGGAAGCUGAGCGACGUCGACCGGGACGGCAUGCUGGAUGACGAGGAGUUCGCCCUGGCCAGCCACCUCAUCGAGGCCAAGCUGGAGGGCCACGGGCUGCCCACCAACCUGCCCCGUCGCCUGGUGCCGCCCUCCAAGCGGCGUCACAAGGGCUCUGCAGAGUGAGCCGGCCACUGCCUGCAGGCCCUCCCUCCCACUCACCCUGCUGUGGCUCCCCAGCUCCAGCUGGCUGCACGCACGCCCCUGCCCCAGCCUGCCACACGCGCUGCCUGCCCACCCUCCCAGCCGUAAGGAUGGGGGUCUCUCCACCCGCCACCGCCGGACCGUGGGGACCAGGGGAGGGGCAAGGCUUCCCUGCCCGGCCUUUGCACCGCUACCCUCGCCUACACUUGGGCACAUCACACCGACCUUAACACACGCACACAGACACACACACAGAGGCAUCGAUUCGAUCGUGGGCCAUUCAAGUAUUUAUUGAGCACCUACUAUGUUUGAGGGCACAGAGCUUCCUCCAGGCCCUGGGGGUUACAGCAGAGAGCAGAACACAUGGAUCUGCCCUCGGGUGGGGGGCUGACGUUCUCAGGACAGAGCACCUGCACUGUGACACAGACACACACGGGGCCCUAACCAGUCUGAUCCCCGAUUCUGGGCAGGAAUCCUCGCCUCUCUCCAUAGUUCCGUGGCCAUUUGUUCGAAAUAACCAAGGGAAAGUCCCCCUGGCCCCACUUCUUGACAUCCAGACAAGGACAGCCCCCCCCCCCCCCCACUCUAUCAUGUUCUCAGGCCUUGGGACCACGGGGAGCUCGGAGCGGGAGACCCAACCUCCUUCCUCAGACGGACCCCUCUUCAGCCCCUCCCCCCCGGUUCUAGCCACACCCCUUGCUUUAAUAAGGAUUCUUAGGCCACCGAAGAGCCCCUUGGAUCCUGGCUUCACCCGUACCGUGCCCCCUUCGAGGUCUUUUUGUCCUCGGGCCGCCUGCCCUGGUUUGAAAACUCAGCCUGCCCGCCCCCUCCCCCAAGCUCCCCGAGGCUGGUGGCCUGAAUUUUAGGGUGACGGGGGGGAGGGGGGGGAACUGCCCUCUCUGCCAUCAGCCCGUAUUUAAGUAGAGCCCCUACCAGAUAUAAAGGCCCCGGGGCUUUAUUUUAGUCCCCGGUUCAAAGGGGGUGCGUGGGGGAGGGGGAGGGGCUCUUGGUGCUACAACCCUCCCUCCUCUUCCUUAAAAGGGCCGCUCCCGUCCCGCCUCCCCCCCCCCCACCUCCACCUUUCCGUGUUUUCACCUCAGACUAGUGCUGACCCUGGUGGGGGGACCCCACGGGAAAGAUGGGGAAGGGUGACUUAGGUGGGGACGAUGCCCCCCUCCAGGGUGCUCGCUGGGAUCCCCCCCUCCCCAUUGCCCGUCCCCCGCCCCAUGCCUGGGAGGGGCCCGGGAACCGAACAGCAAACGGCGUCCCCACAGAGCGAAUAAAGUCAAGGCUUCUUUCCA